GCUCGGCAUGGGUCUGAAACCAGGAGUUCUGGCCGAGUCGUGUUCAGCUGCUUCUCUCUGGAAUGAAUUAAAACUCUGAAAGUCUGACAGAUUCUCAAACUGCUUCUUACUGAUACCUGACAUUUAGCGAUUGUUGAUUUUCAGAGUGUUUCGGUCACAUUGAGCUUAAAAUGCCGUUCAUGCCGGUAAAGUUCACCCUGCAGAAGCGGGUGAAGCUGGCUCAGGGUCUGUGGAUGCUGUACUGGCUCUCGGUGAUCGUGGGGAUCCUCAUCUUCAGCCUCGGCAUCUUCUUCAAGAUCGAGCUGCGAAAGAGAAGCGAGAUGAUGGACAACAAUGAGAGCCAUUUAGUGCCCAACCUGCUGAUCCUGGUGGGCUUGUUGGCCUGCGGGGUCAACGCCUUUGGAGGAAAGGUGUGCCACGACUCUCUGGACCCCGUCAAGUUUACCAAGUGGAAGCCGAUGCUGAAGUCGUACUUGCUGCUGUGCUGCGGCUUCAACGCGCUGCUGCUGCUGACGGCGUUGCUCUGCUUCCUCAUGCAGUUCGCCGUGUACCUGACCCUGGCCGAGGGCCUGAAGAACAGCAUCAAGUUCUACAAGGACACGGACACACCGGGACGCUGCUUCAUGAAGAGGACGCUGGACAUGACGCAGAUUGAGUUCCGCUGCUGCGGCAACAACAACUUCAGGGACUGGUUUGAGGUGCAGUGGAUCAGCAACCGCUACCUGGACAUGAGCAACGACGCUGUCAAAGACCGUGUCCUCAGUAACGUGGAGGGGAAGUACCUGAUGGACAGCGUCCCGUUCAGCUGCUGUAAUCCCGGGUCCCCUCGGCCCUGCAUCCAACACCACCUGACCAAUAACUCCGCCCACUAUGACUAUGACCACCGCAUCGAGGAGCUGAACAUCUGGACCCGGGGCUGCCGCGAGGCCCUCUUCUCCUACUUCAGUGGCAUGAUGAACAGCAUCGGACCCUGUGCAUGUUUGUCCGUGUGUGUGUGUCAGUCGGUCGACAUGGCGGGGUUAAAGUACCUGACCACGGCUCUGGAGACGAUGGAGGACCCGGAGAACCCGGAGUGCGAGAGCGACGGCUGGCUGCUGGAGAAAGGCGUGAAGGAGACAUUCAGCGAGCUGCUCGCCAAGAUGAAGACACUGGGGAAGACCAACCAGGUGGAGGAAGGUGGGGACGCACAACAGGCUGCCACCUGAGAGCCCCGCCCACCACAAAGGACUGAGGUGCCCCCCCUCCCCCACCUCCACCCGCCUCUCCCAGAAAACAGGGAGUGAGAGAGGAGAGGUGUUCAUAUGCCAUCAUACAUGUUAAAAAUACUCCAACGGGAAUACUACGCACACACACACACACACACACACACACACGUGUUUACUAGGUCACUUUUCGGGACGUUACAUAGACUGACUGAGUUCCCUGAACCCCCAGUUUAGCCACUGACCCAAAAAUCCCCAGUUGACUGGUCAUUAGUCUCCAUCAUGAACACACACACACACACACACUCGUUCAAAGUGAACAAGUCAUGUAAACUUACUGUGAAUGUUGAUGUUUUCCAUUCUGUAAAUAUGUUGAACAGAGUUUAUUUUUAAACAGGAGUAACAGUAACCUGCUGCUGUAAAUGAAACUUCUGGGUCGGGAUUUAAAAUUCUAUACAAAUAUUAAAGUAACCCCCCCCCUCUAUCAAUGCUUCCUGUCGGCACCAUCAGGCCUGACAGACUUAAUGCCGGUGUUCACCGGAGCCCGACCGAUACAUCGGUGCUGAUCCCCGAUCAGCUGAUCCCAGCUCAGCACACAGUUUUCAAAUAUGUCGGAAAUUCGGAGUAUGUCUGGAAACUGCUGUAGUUCCACAGUUUGUCCAGCAGAGAGCGCUGAGUAUAAACAAUAUAUUUUUUAAAUUUGAGGGAUUUUUGCCAAACAUGUUUGUUUAUGUGAAAAACAAACGUCAGUAUCAUUAUCAGCUGUUUCUCUGCCCACAUUUUGGUGUGUGUGUCUCAGGCAUCAAGUAUCGGUCGGACUCUGGUCUUUACCGUCGCUGUCUGACCUCUGACAUGGUUGGUUGACACGGAAACAGAUGACCAAAACAUCUGAAAGAAAACUUGGUGCACCACUCCGAACCAGCAGGAUGUAAAUACAGAAGCAUAUACAGCUAUAAACAGGGGUGUGUACAGGUAAAUACUGAGGUGUAUACAGGUAAAUACUGAGGUGUAUACAGGUAAAUACCGAGGUGUACACAGGUACAUACCGAGGUAUAUACAGGUAAAUACCGAGGUGUAUGCAGGUAAAUACCGAGGUGUAUGCAGGUAAACACCUGGGUGUACACAGGUAUAUACUGAGGUGUAUACAGGUAAACACCUAGGUGUA